UUUCUCAGGGCGGCAAAUCCGCGAUCCCUGGGCACAUUGGGGUUGAUCGGGCCCUUGCUCCCUUCUUCCCUACCGUUCAAGGUUAACUCUGUCCCCAUCUCCGGGUUGGUUAACGGCGGUCCCCGUCCGACGAUGGCGCCCCCCACCGGGCCCUUGAACCUCGAUGUCGAGGCCAUUUCGGGUAUUUGCGGCUCAAUAUCCAUUGCCUGCUGGGUCGUUGUCUUUUCGCCCCAGAUCAUCGAGAACUUCCGCCGCGGCAGCGCCGAGGGUCUCUCGAUCCAGUUCGUCAUCGUCUGGCUGCUCGGCGAUGUCUUCAACAUCCUGGGCGCCGUGUUGCAGGGCGUACUGCCCACCAUGAUCAUCCUCGCCAUCUACUACACCAUCGCCGACCUGGUGUUGCUGGCGCAGUGCUUCUACUACCGCGGCUUCACCCUCCGAGAUGAUGUCUCAUCACCGCCGUCGAAGCCGAAGCCGAAGCGCAACGAGCCAGACGAGCGCACCGGCUUGCUCACCACCUCCUCCUCCUCCGCGGCCGCUGCCGCCGGCCACUCGGAGCGCUCACCGUACAGCGGCAUCGAGGAUCACGAGCGCAGGGGCUCCUGGACGCACCUGUCGCCGGCCGUGCCGUUCGUGACCGAGGAGCCCGACGAGGCAGCAACGCCGUCAGCCCCCGCGACGUGGGCCCAGGCGCUUGCGCUCAACAGCCUGGCCAUCGUGAUGGUCUGCGCAGCGGGGGUCGCCGGGUGGUGGCUGAGCCGCACCUACGAUCGCGGCGGCGCGGACGGGGACGGCCCGCACGCGCCGGAUGGGGGCGCGGGCGACGACGGGCCACAGCAACACGAGCUCGAAUUCAACCUGCUCGGCCAGGUCUUUGGCUGGCUCUGCGCCGCGCUGUACCUGGGGUCGCGGCUGCCGCAGCUGCUCCUGAACUGGCGGCGCAGGUCGACUGAAGGCGUGUCCGUGUUGUUCUUCCUGUUCGCCUGCCUCGGCAACCUGACAUAUGUGUUGUCCAUCAUGGUGUUCGAUCCCAAGUGCGAGGGGGACGAAGAAGGGUGCGAGCCCGGCGAGGCGGCCAGGAUCUUUUGGCAGUAUAUCCUUGUCAACCUCUCGUGGCUGGCGGGCAGCGCGGGUACGCUGCUGCUGGACAUGGGCAUUUUUGUGCAGUUUUUCUUGUACAGCAGGAGCGAGGAGGGCUCGAGCAGCGACGAGGAGAGCUGUGAUGACGAGGAAAGCAGCGAGGGAGAGGCAUGGGACCAGCGGCCCCUUCUGGAAAGAAAUAACACUGGGUACUAAAAGAAUUCGGCGUCAGGGGUACAUAGAGGUCAGGUGAACGGCGUUGGAUGGGGUGAAUGUGUAUUUGUGUGG